AUGGCUUCUGCUACUAGCACUGCUUCUCAAACAGAAGAGCAAGUGUCCUUGAAGCUUGUGUUAAAUGAAAAAGGCAACAAAGUAUUGUUUGCUGAAGCAGGAAAGGACUUUGUAGACAUUCUUUGUAGCUUCUUAACAAUGCCUUUAGGAACUAUUGCCAGACUUGUAGAAAAGGAAUCCAGCAUAGGACCAGUCAGUAUUGGUUGUCUAAACUCACUCUAUCAAAGUGUGGCUGAUCUCGAUGAAAGUUGUUUCUAUAAUGACACAAUCAAACAAAUGCUGCUGAAGCCAAGUAACUCGGCUGAAGAUUAUUGCAACACUCUUACACUCAACAUUGAUGACACUCCACCCACCAAGUACUUCGCAUGUACUUACUGCGACGAUUUGUUCAUAUCAACAUUUAAAGAUAAACAUUGUCCUCGCUGUGGGAUUUGUGUUACUGGUCCACUUUUCCUCAAGCAUUCCUGCCAUGGAUUUAUUGAUGGUGUUGCUACUUUUGCCAUAACUGAUGAUCUGACUGUCUUACCUUAUUGUAUUGACUAUGCAUGCUUUGGGCUGCUCCAGCAAUUUGGGAUAAAAUUCCCAACUUCGGUGAAGGAAAUGGUUCUGAAUGUCACUAAACAAAAGGUGCUUGAUUUGUUAAAAUGUUCUUUGCUCUCCAAGUAUACUUUGACUGACUUGUUUUUAGGGCAAAAACCAUCUAUUGGAGAUUCCAGGUUCUUAUCUGAUAUUGAAUUUAGUGGUGAUCUUCAAAUAAUUUUGAAACUUGUUAUAAGAAAAUCAGAUGGCAAGAUUUUGUGUGCUCAAGGGGAACAAGAUUUUGUGAAUUUACUUUUAAGUUUUCUUACUUUUCCAUUGGGUGAUAUUACACGUAUAUUUGGGAAGAAUUGUUCCAUGGGCAGUAUUAACCGAUUGUACGAGAGCAUGACUAAAUUGAAUGAAAACAAAUAUUUUACAACGGAAGGAGCCAAGAACAGGCUUGUUGGUCCUUGUAUUUCUCCGCAUUUAAAGUUAAACAACCAAAUUUUACCAAUUCUUGAAUCAGGUAUUCUUGAUUACUAUCGUUAUUCUGAUGUUAGUGGCAAUCAUAUUGUUCAAUAUUCCAAUGCUGGUGAGGAUGUGAGUUAUGCAAAGUUGAAGAAAAUUAAUGUAUACAAUCCGCAAAGUCUUGAGGGUUAUGUGAAGGGUCCAGCAAUGUAUGUUGCUACCGAUGAUUUGGUUAUUUCACACUUAUCUCCAAUUUCAGCAUUAAGUUAUUUGAACCGAUUCAAAACUCCUGCUUAUGAUUUGAAGGAAAAGGUUGUUACCAUUGGUGUCAAGGAGUCUCUCAGCAUAUUGAAAGCUGCUUUAACUUCAACAUCUGCCCUUACCAAUGGUCUCUCCCACGUUUUAACAGAAGUUAAGCAGGAGAAAUGA